AUGAGUCUAAAGCAGAGUCUAAUGAAUCUGAAUCAGAGAACAAAGAAUCCGAGUCCGAGAAUAAUAAGUCUGAAUCAGAGUCUAAUGAAUCUGAAUCAGAGGAUAACGUAUCUAUUGAAUCUAAUGAAUCUGAAUCAGAGAAUAAUGAGUCUAAAGCAGAAGAUAACGAAUCUGAAUCAGAGAACAAAUAAUCCGAAGGAUAACGAAUCUAUUGAAUGUAAUGAAUCUGAAUCAGAGAAUAAUGAGUCUAAAGCAGAGGAUAGCGAAUCUGAAUCAGAGAAGAAAGAAUCCGAGUCAGAGAAUAAUAAGUCUGAAUCAGAGUCUAAUGAAUUUGAAUCAGAGGAUAACGAAUCUAUUGAAUCUAAUGAAUCUGAAUCAGAGAAUAAUGAGUCUAAAGCAGAAGAUAACGAAUCUGAAUCAGAGAACAAAGAAUCCGAGUCAAAGAAUAAUAAGUCUGAAUCAGAGUCUAAUGAAUCUGAAUCAGAGGAUAACGAAUCUAUUGAAUCUAAUGAAUCUGAAUCAGAGAGUAAUGAGUCUAAAGCAGAGUCUAAUGAAUCUGAAUCAGAGGAUAACGAAUCUAUUGAAUCUAAUGAAUCUGAAUCAGAGAAUAAUGAGUCUAAAGCAGAAGAUAACGAAUCUGAAUCAGAGAACAAAGAAUCCGAGUCAGAGAAUAAUAAGUCUGAAUCAGAGUCUAAUGAAUCUGAAUCAGAGGAUAACGAAUCUAUUGAAUCUAAUGAAUCUGAAUCAGAGAGUAAUGAGUCUAAAGCAGAGUCUAAUGAAUCUGAAUCAGAGGAUAACGAAUCUAUUGAAUCUAAUGAAUCUGAAUCAGAGAAUAAUGAGUCUAAAGCAGAGGAUAACGAAUCUGAAUCAGAGAACAAAGAAUCCGAGUCAGAGAAUAAUAAGUCUGAAUCAGAGUCUAAUAAAUCUGAAUCAGAGAAUAAUGAAUCUAUUGAAUCUAAUGAAUCUGAAUCAGAGAACAAAGAAUCUGAAGCAGAGGAUAAUGAAUCUGAAUCAGAGAAUAAUGAAUCAUAA